AAACAUGGCGCCAGGGCCAAACGGACCCAUUUACCAUCCAUCAGAUAUAUUUUAACCAUACGGAAAUUGUGUUUGGGCGGCUAGAAAGAAAGAAGCAAAAUCAAGCACAACGACAAUGAGGGCCGUAGUUCAGAGAGUUGCCUCUGCCAGCGUUGAGGUAGAAGGUCGAAUUGUAUCGGAGAUAGGGCCGGGGCUUCUGGUGCUUGUCGGGAUUCACGAAUCGGAUGUGGAGUCCGAUGCUGAGUACAUCUGUAGAAAAGUAUUGAACAUGAGAUUGUUCUCUAAUGAUAAAACUGGAAAAAAUUGGGACCAGAAUGUAAUGCAGAAGAAUUAUGGUGUUCUACUAGUGAGUCAGUUUACAUUGUAUGGGAUUUUGAAGGGUAACAAGCCAGAUUUUCAUUUGGCAAUGUCGCCUGAGAGAGCAAAGCCCUUCUACACUUCUGUAGUUGAUAAAUUCCGGAGAUCGUACAACCCUGAUGCAGUAAAAGAUGGUAUAUUUGGAGCAAUGAUGAAGGUCAAUUUGGUUAACGAUGGACCAGUCACAAUGCAGAUUGACUCGUCACAACCAUCCAAGAAUACAACUGAUGCAGUUGAAGAACCAUAAAUUGGUUGGUUUCCAUCAAUUAAAAUGAUUAGAAUGAUUCAACUACGGGUCUGAAAUCUUUCUGUGACCCAAAAUAUUUUACGUAGCUGGCGAAGAGGCACGAGUUAUAGAAAACAAAACUGCUCUGACUUGUUUUGUUUAUUUGCCUUUUUAAAGGACCGUGUUAUGAUUUCAUACUGAGAUUGCUUUGCUAAAUGUCACUACAUUCAAAUCAAUUUAUGGUAAUUCAAAAGAAAAAUGUUUAUGGGAGCUUCU